CUUUACAAAUUUAGAAGAAUGUUUAGAUUUUAUUAAAAACUAUAAAAAAUAUUUACUCACAAAAAAUGAGAUUUUUUCAGAUAUUGAAAAAAAGUUGUCAACAAAUAGAAAUCAUUUAUUAUUUAAUGAAAUUAAAGAAUUCAAAAAGAAAAAAUUUGAAUGGCCAAAGAAAGAUGUGAUGUCAUUAUAUCAAAAAUUAUGUAAAUCUGAAGAAGAGAUUAUUGAAGAAUUAAAAUCUGAAUCUGAUUUAGAUGAAUCUGAAAAUGAAUGA